UCCAAAUUUUUUGUGUAUGUAACAAAUGAGAAAAACUUUGAUUUAAUUAACUCAAAAGGGUUUUAUAAAACGUAACAGAAAAGGAAAAAUAAAGCAACUUAAUUGAGAGCAACUGCGACAAAAUGCAUUCGCUGUCCGAUCGUUGGCGCCUAAUGCUGUCGCUCCGGAAGCAGAUCAGCCGCAAGACCAACCGGCUGAUGAGAUACAAAAGGCAGGCACGUCAGCGCCUGAGCUCGAUGCGACAGAUACGCCAAGUGCUGCUGGACAAUCUGCGCAAACUGAUCGACAUGAAGCUGACGGACACCAAAGUGUUGGCCACGGCCCAAAUGAAGGCGCAGUUCAGUCGCACGUGGCAGAUGUACACAAAAUGGUUGCGCAAUUGCCAGAAAAUGCACAGAAGGGAGCUGCAGAAUGUUCAGAGUUUGCGCAAACAGGAGCUCGCAUUGAAUGAGCGUCUGCGUGAAUUGCGCAAACAAUAUAGAGUAUUGCCCAAACGGCAGCGGUUGAUCGCAAACGCCGUUCGCCAUGUUCAACGUGUCGUCCGCAAGCGGCACAAGCGAUACGGCGUCUGGGAAAUGAUGAUGAAGUACAGCAAGGCAGAAACUGAGCAGAUACGCAAAUAUAUGAUGAGCGGUGCACGGAAGCCCAAAAGGCGAUGGCAUUUCAAUAAGGAUAAUAUCAGUGAGUUUAGCAACUUCUGGAAUGUCGAGGUGCUGCGCAAGGGGCACGACAAGCGCAAGCAACGGCCGCAUCGUCAUUUGAUAACCCAACGCAUUGAAUUACCCGAAGAUUUCAUACCCAAGCCCUAUCACGUAAAGCAUAAAGUUAAGCCCAGGGUGUCCAUAGCGCGUGGCAAGCAAUAUUACAUGAACUCUCUAAAUGAAAUCCUCUCGUUCAAGCAAUUGCAGCACUUUAAACGAAAGCUGCGUAAAAUUAUGGAACCGGUCGUCGAUAAACCGAAAAAGCCCAAACGUGAGGAGCAUAAUCAACCGGCAUUAAGACGCCAGAGAUCCAAGCGAGGAAUGAAGAUAACAGUCGAGGAGAUGCUGGACCUUGAUGUGGAUCUGAAGCAAAAGCUGGAACCAAAAAGAGUCACGCAGCCAGUCUAUGGCAGCGAUCAGCUGAUCAGAUUCCAAAAGGAAAUCCAAACGUUACGCAAGUCGGUAACAUCAAUGGGCAGCGUCGGCCGACCUUCACUGCUAUCGCGUCGGAGUCAGUCGAGCAAACGCAGCUCCCGCCUGAAAUCGCUGCAGCAGAUUAAGUUGACGAUGUCAGCAAAGAUCCGUGACAAGAUAUCGAAAAUGCACAGCAAGAUGCAGGACAAGGAGCCGUUAAAGAAACCGGCGGAACCAAUAGCUGAACCAGAAAGGCGGUCAAGCACUGACAUUUGGCAGCCCCCAGCUGAGGUGGAGUUGGAGAAAGCUAUCGAUUCGGUGGCAUCAUCGAGCAUUGCCAUAACACCCAAGGAACGUGUUACGGACGAUGUUAAUGAGCUGUUGCGCAAUAAAUCUGUGCCCGCCGGCAUUAGGCAGGAACUGAAGAAUGCCCAAUGGCGUCUCUUUCUGACGAAUGCGUCCAGAAUGAAGCGGCGUGCCGGACAGGUGCUAAUGAAUAUAUUUGAAACGGAUGACAGUAAAAAAUAUCGACCAAUUCAAAGGCUGCUCAGGGACGUAAUACAGGGACCCAGCAUGAUGGACAUAUUGGCCGACAAAAAGACCAUUGUCGAAGCCGUGCACAAGCAUUAUAUGUGGAAAAAUUUGUACAGCGUCUAUCAGGAUUUAAAGGGUGUGGGCAUACCCAAAGGUGACAUAUUUAAUAUGUUGCGCGAACAUUAUCUAAAAUAUAUCAACGAAAUUGUCAGCGAGGCCAUACAAAAGGGCGCCAAACUAUCGGUGAUCGAUCAGGGCAGCCCUUUGGCGCGACAGAAGAGCAAUGAUUCCUUCGAUCAAUAUCUAGAUGAGAAGAUAGCAGCGCGUGCCGCGAUCAAUGAUCGUAUUAUAAACGAGCAUAUUUUGCGCAAAAGUAAAAUGUCGACAGUGUCCACGGAUGACAGUCGCUGGAGCGGCGUCUCAUUGGAGUCCCUGACCAACAGGCAGCUGAAGCGCAUGGAUGAUCGCUACUCGAUGCGCUAUUUGCAGAGCAUAUGGGCGGCCCAUGCCCGAUACUUUAACCGGGACAAGCGCGAAUCGAUGUUUUCGAGCGUUCAGGCUGACGACACGCUGAGCGAGCGGCUACCUGGAGACAGUUCGUGCCGGCGCAAGGUUAGCAAGGGGCAAAGGCCCCAAGCACAGCAGUUGAGAAAGCGCAAAGUUCACCUUCAGCGUUUGUAUUACGAGCCGCGUCGCACCUGCCGCCAGCGGCAGGUGGAUGAGGAGUGUGCCAUCUGUGAAUGUGAUGCGCAGAAACUAGAGAAGUGCAUACGCUGUGGCAUUGAGCUGCCCCAUCUGCCGACCAGUUCAGAGCCGAGCAGCAUCGAUCUGUGCCUGUCCACGCCCACGCUGGCCGCCUGCGUGCACAAUCCGCAGAUGUUGCAGGCCGCAGCAGAUAUCUGCCAUGUGUGCGGCUAUGUGCACGAGCCGCAAUCGGGCUGCUUCAUGCUGGACAUAGAUGUUGCUCCCGGUGGCGCUCUGCAACAGCUGCGACGGAUCAAGGAGUAUGCGAACUGUGUCCAGCAGCGGCAGCAACAGCUCGACCAGAGUGCGGACAGCAUUUGGCUGGCGGCCGUACGGAGUUGUGCAUCGGCCAGCGAGGCGUGUGCCUGAUCUCGGUGUGGCAUGAGGUGUUGCAAGUGCAGCGGCAUGCAGCAAAUAAAACCAUAUUGCAUAGCUGAGCUGACAACACUUUGUGCCGCAACACAGCUGCAACUGUUGCUGCCGCAGACGCUGCUGUUGCUGCCACAUUCGGUGGCAAAUGAAACAUUUUGUUUAAGUGCUAAAUAAAU